UUGCUGCUCGUCAGUCGUACAGAAUGCACUCGGUGGUGGCGAUGUUGAUUGUGGGCGUCCUCGGCGCCGCGGCAGAGGACGUGGUAGUCACCACGACCCUGGGCCGACUGCGGGGGUCAAGGGUCAGCACUGGACCCUCAACGUACCUGGACACGUUUCUCGGAGUGCCCUUUGCUAAGCCGCCUGUCGGGUCGCUGCGCUUUGCUCGCACUCAGCCCGCGGAACCAUGGGUAGGCACCCGGGACGCCAAGAACUUCGGGCCAGCGUGUCCACAACAACAACAGCUACCCCGGUUUACAACGAGUGAAGACUGUCUGACACUAAACAUAUACACUCACUGUUCCGCAGACUGCCAGGCGGUGCCGGUGAUGAUGUGGGUUCACGGCGGGGGCUUCACUCAAGGCAGUGGCAUGGAGGUCAACGGCACUGAACUGGCCAUGAGGGGAGUCGUUGUUGUCACAGUGAACUACAGACUAGACAUUCUGGGAUUCUUGUCGACUGGAGAUGAUUCCUGUCCCGGGAACUACGGUCUUCUGGACGUGAUUCAGGCUUUGAAAUGGAUUAAAGAAAACAUCGCAAGUUUCCAUGGCAACCCUGACGAUGUGACAAUAUUUGGAGAAAGUGCUGGAGGUGCCCUGACCUCUCAGCUGAGAAUCUCUCCUCUCACCAAAGGUCUAAUAAAGAAAGCUAUCAUGGAGAGUGGUGUAUCAGUGACUCCCUGGGGCAAGAGCUCGCCUGCCAUCUCUUUGUCGAGAUCUCAAGCCCUUGCUACCAAGGUCGGGUGUCCGACGGACAACGGUACGGCCGCCCUCGUCUCCUGCCUCAAGGACCAGCCCCUGGACACCCUGAUGGCCGCCGCUGCUGCCGUUCGAGCAUCAGGCAACUUUUUUGGACCUGUGGUGGAAACACAAUUCGGGGUUCUCCCCAAACCUCCGGAGCAGCUCAUUCAGGAGGGUUCUGGAGCCGACAUCGUGUCCAUCCGCGGGACCAACAGAGACGAGAUGGCGAUGGAAUUCAAAUUGCGGGCUAAUCCUCAGUACAACUUGCAAACCGCUGAAACUGAGGUCAUGAGCAGUGCAGCAACGAACUUCCCCCGCGGACCCCAGGAGGCAGGACGAGCUCUGUUCAAGGAAUAUGUACAGACCAUCGAGAACCCCACCAGCCAGCAGCUCGCCACGGGAGUCUCUCAGCUGCAGUCAGAUCUCGCCUUCAACUACCCGACCAUCCACGAGACACGACUUGUUGUCAGCAACCAGUCAGCAGCGCGACAGUAUGUCUACCAGUUCAGCUUCCUGUCACCAUCCUCAACUAUGUCGGAGGUGCCGCACGCUGCCGAAAUUCCAUUUGUCUUCGGAGAACCGUUUGGUGGUCAGAGCAAGUGGACAGACGCUGACCGACGUGUUUCCAAUGAUGUCAUGACCAUGUGGACAAACCUCGCUAAAUAUGGAGAUCCCACGCCCCAGGGAGUCAGCAACAUCACAUGGGGCGCCUACUACGAGGCAACACAGUUCUACUUGAGAUUCCAGGAGACUCCAUCCCUUGACAACCAUCUGAACCAACAGCGCAUGGACCUCCUCAAGUCUCUGUACGAGCGGUUCGGAGCUUAGUGGCUUCGGAGCUGUCGUCUGUUACAUAAGCUUUUAACCACAAGUAAUAACAAUAUUUCACUCACUUGUCUGGAUGCAUUUGAAAUGUCCACAUUUUUAGUAGCAAUUUUCAGAAAUGCACCAGAGUCCACAUUGGAUAAAUGCAGUUACAAUGACGAUGAAGUCACAAAAGCUGUUGCAUUGCAUGCUCUAAAGUGUUUGCAAAACCACAAAAGAAGGUUUAAAAUUAACUAUGAAAAUUUGUGCCAGUUUUCCGGCAAUCAGACGACCAACACAGCAUCGUCAAUCUUGUUGUUUUCUUCAAGAACUAAAUCCCGACUCGCUGUAUGGGAUGUAUCAACACUGUGUGAAGGUUGUGGUUUCCCAAUCAAUGAGUUAAUAAAAAGAUAUUUCUUCAUCACAGAUA